AUGAGCCACCACACUCGGGUUGUAAGUGUCUUUUUAAAGCAGGUAGAGAGGCAGGCAGGGCAGGGUGUCUGCACACUAGACAAAGCAGGUGGUGGUCAGCAGCCGGCUGGGAAGCCACCGUCCCCACAGCAGGAUGUCAGCCUGGAAGUGGCGGCCGAGCCUCUGAAGGUGAGCAUCGUGGGCUCAGGGAACUGGGCGUCAGCUGUUGCAAAAGUCAUUGGGAACAAUGUGAAGACCACGAAGAAGUUUGCUUCCCCAGUCAAGAUGUGGGUAUUUGAAGAAAUAGUCGAUGGCAGGAAGCUGACAGACAUCAUCAACAGCGACCAUGAAAACAUUAAGUACCUGCCUGGACACAGACUGCCCGAGAAUGUGAUGGCCACCCCCAGUCUCGGCCAGGCCGUGCAGGAUGCAGAUCUGCUGGUGUUUGCAUUCCCACACCAGUUCAUUCGAACCAUCUGUGAUGAGAUUGCUGAAGUAGUGCCCAGGAAGGCCCGCGGCCUCACCCUCAUCAAGGGCAUAGACGAGGGCCCGGAGAGCCUGAAACUUAUCUCCGACAUCAUCCGGGAGAAGGUGAACAUAGACGUCUGCGUGCUGAUGGGGGCCAACUUAGCUAACGAGGUGGCCGCAGGGCAGUUCUGUGAGACCACCAUUGGCAGCAGGGUCCUGCAGAAUGGCCUUCUCUUCAAAGAGUUGUUUCAAACGCCCAAUUUCCAAGUUACUGUGGUAGAAGAUUCAGACACAGUAGAGCUGUGCGGGGCCCUGAAGAACAUUGUCGCCAUAGGGGCUGGCUUCUGUGACGGCUUCUGUAGUGGAAACAGCACCAAGGCUGCUGUCAUCCGCCUGGGCCUCAUGGAGAUGAUUGCUUUUGCCAGGACUUUUGCCAAGGGCCAGGCGUCCACAGCCACUUUCCUGGAGAGCUGUGGGGUGGCUGACCUUGUCAGUAGCUGCUAUGGGGGGCGGAACCGAAAGGUAGCAGAAGCCUUUGCCAAGACAGGAAAAAGUUUUGAUGAGUUGGAGAAGGAGAUUCUGAAGGGACAGAAGCUGCAAGGGCCACACACCUGUGCCCUGGUGUACCGCAUCCUCAAGCAGAAGGGGUUGCUGGACAAGUUUCCAUUGUUCACAGUUGUGUAUCAGAUCUGUCACGAGGGUACACCAGUUGCAGGGCUGAUACCAUGCCUACAGAACCACCCAGAGCACAGGGGAAGGGAACUGGGGACGGGGAGCGCUCUACCUCCCCAAUCUCAGGAUCACGUAGAAACCAGGACGUGA